UGCAGUAGGUUGGCCCUUCGCUUGCAUUCAUAAACGGAUAUUAUAGCUAAGCGUUGAAUGUACUAGCUACAGAUACAGUCAAGUCGGACCAUGGCGGAAGAAGAGGACACGAGAAUACGGAUUUUACAAAGCCUGCGGGGAAAGAUAUGUGAAGGCAAGAACCUGGGUCCGUGUUCGGGGCCCAACCGACAGCGGGACCUCUGCACCUUCUGCACCAUCAGCCUGGACCAGGAGGAGGUAUUCCGGACCAAGGUGUUUGACAAGAGCCUCAGCCCUUUCUACGGUGAGGACUUCUACUUUGAGAUCCCACGACCAUUUCAGUGUUUGUCCUUCUACGUAUUCGCCAAGGGUGUUUUUCAAAGGGACCUGCCUGUCGGGAAAGUGUCCAUCCGGAAGGAGGAACUGUUUAAAUUCAGUGGGAAGGAGCACUGGUUCGGCCUGCAGCCCGUGGACCCUAACUCUGAAGUCCAGGGAAAGGUCCACCUGGAGAUGCGUCUGAAUGAACUGAUCAUAGAGAAUGGCUCCAUGUGCCAGCAGCUACUGGUCCGGAUAAUAGAAUGCCAGGGCUUGCCUCUGAUCAGUGGACAGAACUGUGACCCGUAUGCCACUGUCUCGCUCGUUGGGCCUGCCAGGUCUGACCAGAAGAAAACAAAGGUGAAAAAGAAGACCAGCGACCCUCAGUUUGAGGAAACCUUUAACUUUGAGGUCACAAGGCCCAACAGUUACACAAAAAAGUCUAAUUUCCAAGUAGAGGAGGAGGACAUUGAAAAGCUGGAGAUCAAAGUUGACUUGUAUUUGUGAAUCCAACAAAACAUGUGAGAUUGACCCGAUCAAACUGAAAGAAGGAGACAACGUUGAGGUCAACAAGGAGAACCUGCAGGGGUACGUUCAGAAGGUGUUCUCGUCCAUCACCCAGUCCAGCUCCAGCUGUCCCCCGCUCAUGUGUGACGUGUUCCGCUCACUGCGUCACAUGGCCUCCAAGCGGUUCCCAGAUGAUCCUCACGUCCAGUAUUCGGCAGUCAGCAGCUUCGUGUUCCUGCGCUUCUUCGCCGUCGCCGUUCUCUCGCCACACACCUUCCAGCUCCGCCCACACCAUCCUGACCUUGAGGUAUCCCGAACACUCACUCUCAUCUCCAAGACCAUCCAGACUCUGGGAAGCUGGGGGAGCCUGUCCAAAAACAAACUGUCUAGUUUUAAAGAAUCCUACAUGUAUGAUUUCUUCAAAUCAUUCCAAGAAGACAAAUGUAUUGAAAAAGUAAAAAAGUUCCUAGAUGAGAUCUCCUCCAACAUCAGUAAGGAGUCCAGCGGGGUGGAAGACUCUGUGGUUCUCAAAGAGGGGGAGAUACAGAAGCGGGCCCAGGGAAGGAAACGCAUCGGCAAGAGGAACUUCAAGAAGAGGUGGCUCAGAGUGACCAACAGGGAGCUCUCCUACCACAAGCACAGAGGGAAAGAAGCACUCUGCAUUAUCCCAGUGAAGAAUAUCCGGGCUGUGGAGAAACUGUACGAAAGUGCCUUUAACCGCAAAAAUAUGUUCCAGGUGCUCCACAAUGAGAAGCCACUGUACGUGCAGGCAGGGAAUUGCGUGGAGGCCAGUGAGUGGGUGGAGGUGCUGAGCCAAGUGAGCCGCUGUAACCCGGACCGCCUGGGCACCUUCCACCCCUCGGCCUACGUGGCGGGGGCCUGGCUCUGCUGCAGGAGCCUGAGCGACAGCCAGCCGGGCUGCAAGCCCUGCACACCUACCUUGUUGGCUAACCUGCAGCUGGACAUCGACUGUGACCGCGAGACGGAGAGAAUCUUCUCCCUCCUCACCUCCAGCUACUCCAAGCUGCAGAAGAUGGAAGAUGCAUGUGCCAGCAUCGCUGUGUACCAGGGACCUCCGAGAGAGCAGGACGACUACUCCCUGUUCACCAUCCAGGACCCCAAGGAGACAUUCCACACAGUGCGGCAGAUCACACACAUUCUGGAGGAGCUGCAGAGAGAGCACGACACUCGCAGCGGCACCGCGCAGUACGGCAGCCAAGAGAAUCCGAUAGUUGGGAAGACAUCCUAACCAGUCUACGUGGGUCUGUCUGGCCUGAGUUCAACACUGGAGCCCCAGGGUGGCACCGUCGGGAUUGGCACUGAGGACGCUGCCUGCCUCCGCGAAUACCAAGAACGCAUUACCCCCAAGGUCGUGCUCUGCCCCCCCUUCCCACCGUCCAAUAGAGGAAGUUAGAAUUGUCACCUGACCCUGACCACAAGCUCUCAUUGGUUCAGAAGAGGAGACCCUUAGUCGUUUAAAAAGAAAUCUCUUUCCCCGUCUGUCUCCAUCCCUCUCGUUCUCACACACCACUGCCCUAAUCAGAGGAGUUAUGUGCUUGCUCUCGUCUUCUACUUGAUUUGCACAACAAAACUCAAUCAUUUCAUUGAAACCUCCCCUUUUUCUACAGUUCGGUGAAGACCAGACAACAUCAUUAGUUGGUGUGUGUGUGUGUGUGUGAAUAGGCUGCUAAAAUUAUCCCUUUUAUACACUCAAUGUUUUCGAUCGUCAACCAUCAAGAUGAAGCUCUCAAUCUCUUGGGGCUUCACUGUUUGACGUCCGUUUACGACUAAACAGCAAGCUGAUUUUGUUUAUCUCAUUUUCUAUGAAAGGCAAUUUUACUCUCCUUCCUCCUCCUCUACCCACCUCUAUAUUUUGUGCUUUGAACAAAUGCAGGUGUUUCAGAGUACAGUUAAGUGGAUGAAACCGAUCUGCCUUAUUUUUCUUAAUGGAUGUAUGUGUAAAAGUCUCUCUUGCGUCCUCGGGUUAGGGAAUAAUGCCCAAGCACUUUACAUAUUUGGAAUAUUCCAGAUGUCAUCAUUUUAGAUACGUGGUAUCAGUAUACCCCCCACAUUGAUCAGUUAAAUGAUCUCGUUUACGUUCUCGUUUCCAUUCCUGUACGAUAACGUUUAUAGCCUGUAGAUUUUAAUAGCUAUUUUUCUUACACCAAAGAUGAACAUUUCGUAGGAUCGACUUGAAAAAAAGGGUAUAAAUGUAUUUUGAAUACAGACUUUUUGAAAAUGGAGAGAAAUGCAGGAUAUAUUUAGUUCAUGUACAUUUUGGUAAAUGCAUUGUUCCUCUUUAUAACGAUGUAGACGAUUUGAUUGAGUAACAUUCUAAUGUUCUCUGGAAAUGCAGAGGUACCGUGGUCGGUAGUCUAGAAAUGUCUGUGACAACCGCUUCACCAUGUAGUGAUGUCACUGCAUAUCAAUCACCAUAAAUGACAACAAGAUAGACAAUCCCCUUCACUUGCCAAUCUAGCCC